AUGAAGCCAUCGCCUGAUGUAAUUUGUAUAGUUUGUCAAUCAGUAUUUUGCUGCAGUCAGUGCCGAUGGAAACACGAGAGCAACGCUCACGGUCUGUUGUUUGAUUGCCCCAUAUGCAGAGGCAAGCGAUAUCUCUGCAAACCGGAAGAAUUGAACGACGCAUUCCUGAAACAUUUAACAGAAGAACAUUCACCAUUGCAGUGCAAAAAGUGCAACAAAAUUUUCAAGAAAAUGAACGAUUUCGUUGAAAUAGAUAAAUGUACAAGCAUAUCUGAAUUAGUUCCCAACGACCAAGAGCCUAGUAAAAGUUUGGUGGAUGAAAAAUUCGAUUCUAUAUACGAAAAGACAAAGAAUGAUACAAGUAACAUAGAGGGAAUUAUAUCUGUCAAUAAAAGUAGCAAAACGGCUGUUAUAACACCUAUUGUUAGAAAAAAUCAUAUAGUGGAUUAUGAAUCGAGUGAAAGUGAAGAAGAAAAAUCAAAAGGCCAACAAACACCCCAUCCUAAAUCAGCUCCUAAGACACCAAAACUAAAACGACAAAGGAUUGCAACACCCCAUGCUAAGAAAUUUUAUAGUUUGAUGAGGCAAAAAGUAGUAGAAGAAUACGAUGAAACUAUUGAUGAUCCUGAUUAUGAUGCAUCACCAAUUAAUAGUAAAGCUUCACCAUUGAGGACCGAUAAUAAUUUGUCUAAUCCCGAAAAACAAAAGGAGAUUACUACGCCGACGUCUCACAUACAGCCAAAUUUAUUGAAGUUAGCACAAGCUGUAACAACGAGUACACCUACACACCCUGCCAAUAGCGGAUGGUCCAUGUUUACUGGUCAAGGAGCUGACUCUCCACUCUCAGAGAUUGAGAAUGCUGAUAGCCCAGCUCAAAAUACCAAUAAUGAGCCAUCCAAGCCGGAGCCUGAAAAUGUGCUUCCGAAACUUAAGAGCAUCAUUGUUACUGGAAGUCGCAUUCGACUCGGCAGUCAAGAUAGCUCGGAAAAGCAAGUUACUUUCCAAGAUUCUAUGAAUAAUACGGAAGCCUCGUCUGUGAAAACUAAGAAAGUGAAAUUUGCGGAAGAUACCAUAUUUGAGCAGCAACCAAGAGUUAAGAGAGUUUACCGAAAACCUAAGCGCAUGCUUACGCCAGGGCCUCAGAAACCUAGAUUCGUUCACAAUCCCCGCUUUCAAGCACUCAUAAAUCGUUUCGAGAACAAAGGGUUUACUUUGGCGCGAACACCAGUUCACCCUCCCAAGGAGAAAUCCCUCGAAAGCACGCCACCCGUGGGUGACCAUGCUAACAUGCCAGCCAGAGCAAUAAAUUUCAAAGAAGAUAGCCCUAUCGUAGAUACAGAAAACUACUCAAAGGAAUCAAAUGAAUUAUUCAAGACGUGCGUGGACUCACCCGUACAGCCUAAUAUCAACAAUGCAAUAUCUGCUCUGACCACUAAUAUUGCUGGAUCUUUGCAACAUUGCUUAUCCUCCGUCCUAAGGUCCAAUGAAGACGAAACUGAAAUUCAAUUUAAAUUUGUUAUAACAAAGAAAAAAGUUAGCGUCAAAAGACUCGAUGAGGGAGAAGCCCUUGAUGAGGGAAUAAGUGAAAUUGACAGAGACUUGGGACACAAUAAAGAGAACAUUUGGUCGAGCGUCGCUAAAGCUGUGAAAAAUGUAUUCUGGGGAGACCAAGGGACUAAUUUCGCAAUAACGACUCCUUACAAAUCCAGCACUAAUGAUUCUACUUCAUCGUCAGCAUCAAAGAGGAAAUGCCAUGAAAUGUCUGAUCCGGAAUUAAGUCCUCUGAACCACAAGCGGCAUAAGUUUGAGGGGAAGAUCAGAGGUAGACCUCCAUUGAGGAGGUGCAAGACUUGGGGAGUGUCUAGUUUGAGGAGUUCGCAGUCUGCAGAGCAACAACGAUUAUUAAAGGAAAUAUCUGUGGGGCAAGACGAAUUGAAUCAGAGUUUUUAG